GUAUACUCAUGGGGAUCAUUUAACUCUAUCGGUUACAUAUCACUUCACCGAUUAAAGAAUCUAUACGUAUACUUCAUGAGUCAUGAUCGCCUAUAAAGUCCUAAAGGGGAAGGUGGAAAAAAUACGAGAUUAUCGGUCCGCUCAUACAUAUAAACGACCAUUCCUCCCAUUGCUAGAGAAAUUUUAUAACAAUUAUCCUUAUAGAAGAUAAGUAUAUAUCAGACAUGAAUCAAGCGCAUAUUCGAGCUCCAGAAUUUAAUGAGAAGUAUUAUAUUUGUCGAGGUAGUGAAGGAUUUUACUCUAAUUUUAAUUUAAUUGCAAAAUAUAAUAAGCCAGUAUCGAAGGCUUUACUUUCCAAUGGUUUAAGAAAUUUCAUAAUUCAUAACACUUGGUUGGCUCAUACAUUUGUAAAGACCGAUGAUCCUAAUAGUAAACAAAUUAGAUAUACCAAUUGGGAAAGAAGAUUUGUGGAUAGAAUAAAUUUCGAUGAUGCUGUUACAUAUGUACCCAUAAAUGAAUUUGAUGAAUCUGUCAUUGAAUAUAUGAAUAACGUAACUAUAUCGAACUAUUCUUCAGAGAAACCAUUAUGGCAUAUAGUUGUAUUUGAAACUAUUGCAGGAGUUCAAUAUAUUGGAAUUGCUUAUGAUCAUUCACUGUAUGAUGGGAUGUGUGGACUUGAAUUCCACAAAGAUUUAAUUAAAGAAUUAGAUAAGGCAGAAGAAGAAUUUAUUGAAUUUAUUUUCGAUUAUGAACGUGAUUAUGAAUAUUUACCUUCUAAAAUUACUACACCUGUUGAAACUCUUACUGAUUUAUUUAUUCCUUCGAUCUGGAAUGUUGUUAACUUCUAUUUACAGAAAUAUGUAAGUAUUGUACCCAAAGUUUUACAGUAUUUAAAAUCAUUGUUUACCACCAAUAAUCCUUUUAAAGCAAAUUUAGGAGUAAAUCCUAUUUUCAAGUGGAAACCAAUCAAGAAGGAUCUUAGAAGUAAAUAUAGAUAUUUUCAUUAUUCUCCUGCAGAAGUCUCUAAACUCUUAGCUUUCACAAGAGAUAAUGGAAUUACAUUAACACCAUAUUUUGAUAUUAUUGCAACAAAAUGUUUACAAGAUACAAUAUUUAAGUAUAUUGAUUCAAAAACCCAAUUCUCAACAACUUCACUGAUUGCUGUUAACGGUAGACGAUAUUAUUCUGAGGAUAUAAAAAAUUUUAAAUAUGGAACAAUGGUUUGUGGUGAUAUAAUUACAUUACCACCUAUUGGAACAGAUUUAUUGAAAUAUAUGAAAUACUUAUAUAAGUCCAUGAUGGACCAUAUUGUCACUAAGCAAUCAUUCAAAUUAAUUGGACUUUAUAAGUAUAUGGAUAUCUUUAAAUACUUCAAUAAUAGAAUUGGAAAUAAAGAUGGAAAAGUCUCAGUUGGAAUUUCAAACUUAGGACGAGUUAUUUCACCUGAAGGUUGUUCGUUUCAAAUUGAAGAUGUAUAUUUUGGUCUGAACACUGCACUUACAUAUCAUUUCAUUAUUAAUAUGGUUACAACUACCAAUGGAUUAAACGUAGUAUUAUCUUAUGCAGCAGAAUAUGAUGAAAUAUACCAUGAUGAAAAGAAAGCAAUUGAUAUUUUUGCUGAUAAGUUUUAUAACACCAUUUUAGAUUAUGCUAAUUAGAUUUGUUUUAUUGU